GAUUUGAGGCCGUUCUUCCAGGGCCCCAUUCUUGACCAGGGAAAGGUUUCGUCGUGUACAGCAAAUGCUGCUGCACACACGCUCCGGUUUUCCCCGGUCAGCGAGAAGAAUCGUUCGCCCAUCGAGAUCAGUCGCCUGUUUCUGUAUUACCACGCCCGACUGACACUGGGACAGACACCUCCCCUCAGCGACAAUGGAUGCACGAGUAUGGCGACAUGCGAAACACUGGCCGAUUUGGGUGCAUGUCCUGAGACGAUGUGGCCAUACGAUCCAACCAGCGUCAAUAUCGAGCCUCCAUCUCACUGCGAGGGAGCGGCGGAACAUUACAUCACUGCACGUCUCCAAUAUAUCCCAGUACCACUGGAUCUCGAUCAUAUCAAAUCAUGUCUGUCAUCUGGUCACGUCAUUCAAGCGGGAAUGGAGGUAUUUGGGUCCUUCUUGACACCCCAGGUGGCCCAGACUGGGAUGGUGCCCCUUCCUGGAGCAAAUGAACAGGUCCAAGGUGGACAUGCAGUCGUGAUUUGUGGGUACACAUCCGACCACUUCAUCAUGCUCAAUUCGUGGGGAGAAAGCUGGGGCGACAAGGGGUACUUCCACCUUCCAUUUGAAUACCUCAGCUAUAUGUUUGAUUUCUGGACGCUC